UUGUUUUUUCGAUAUUUCUCAUGGCCCACUCGGUGCAGUUUCUUAUUAUACUUUUGCUGGACUAUCGUUGCAGCUUAUGCUACCGAAGCCAUGUACAUCGUUCCUGUCCCGAGUCUCAUAAGUAUGUCGUGGUGUCGAAUGGUAAAAAAAAUGAUGGGUUUCUCUCGAAGGCUUGUUAUCCCCUCACGUUCAGCUCAUCUGGAAUUCGUGUAACGCAUAGGCAGCAUGGGCUACAGGGAAUCCAUAGCUGAUCUCGUCAAAUAUCGCAAUGCGUAUGCUCUGGCUUUCUCUGCCGCACUGGGCUCAAUAUUUUACGGCUGGGAUAUUGGCCUUAUAGGAGGGGUCAUCUCUCUACCGUCCUUCAAGCAGUACUUUGGGCUAGACAACCAAUCGGCCAAUGCGCAGGCUAAUCUCAGUGGUAACAUCGUUGCCAUUCUACAAGCCGGCUGCUUUUUUGGUGCCCUCUCCACAGGCUAUUUCUCUGGUCUUUUCGGACGAAAGCCCUGUUUAAUUGCUUCUGGCAUAAUUUACAUCAUUGGCAGCCUGCUACAGUCUGUGGUUGGUCUCGGGAGUAGUCAAGCUGUUGGCCUCAAGGUACUUUACUUCAGCCGGUUCGUAGGUGGCAUCGGUGUGGGAAUGGUAUCGGCCCUUGUACCAUCAUAUGUAUCGGAGUGCACACCAAGAGCCAUCCGUGGUCGUUGCACGGGUCUAGUCCAGUUUGCGAACAACAUUGGGAUUAUGCUGAGCUUUUGGGUAAACUAUAGCUCUUCCCUGAACAUUCCGUAUGGCGAAAUGCAGUGGCGUAUCCCAUUUAUUGUUCAAAUGGUUCCGGGGGUACUUUUCGUUUUAACAAUGAUACCUCAACCAGAAUCCCCGAGAUGGCUUGUCGAACACGAGCGUUACGACGAGGCGGCAAGGACUCUUGCUUUUGUGGUGAGAAAAAGCGUCGAAGAUGAAGCGGUCAUUUCGACGCUGGACGAAAUUAAAGCUGAUUACGUUGGGAAGCAAAAAUUGUCUAUAUUGACGCAAUUUCGGAAAAUGGGAGAAUCACGUCUCACCGCAUUACGUUGCCUUAUCCCCAGUCUGGUUAUGUUCUUCCAGCAAUGGACAGGUACCAACGCCAUCAACUACUUCAGUCCAGAAAUCUUUGCUGGACUUGGGAUCUCUGGCACGGCAUCAGGACUUUUUGCAACGGGCGUGUAUGGAGUAGUGAAGGUCGUGGCUGUUGGCCUCACUCUUGCAUUCGCGGUAGAGAGUGUGGGCCGAAAGAAUUGCUUAAUCAUAGGGGGUCUAGGUCAAGGCCUCACGAUGCUCUGGAUAGGUGGAUAUAGUGGAAUUCACCCCCAAAGCACCAUCGUCCCCGCCAGCUACGUCUCAAUCGUCGCCGUAUACCUUUACGCUGUUUUCUAUUGUAUCGGCUGGGGCCCAGUCCCAUGGGUCGUUGCAGGCGAAGUGGCCCCGAAUCACGUUCGAACCGCCGCCAUGUCAGUCGCGGUAGGCGUUAACUGGUUGUUCUCAUUCCUCAUAUCCCGAGUGACGCCUGUCAUGCUCGUGCAAAUCACGUAUGGCACGUUCCUUCUCUUUGGUGUUUGCUGCUUGAUCAUGACUGCAUGGACAUAUUUCUUACUUCCUGAAACGACGGGAUACGCUCUGGAGGACGUCAAAUUCUUAUUUGAGCACAGUGUGGUCUUGCGUUCCUUGCAGGACGCUCCGGGAGGUCGUAUGUUCAUUGGGAAACGGAAAGCUAUGCCUGUUGAAGAGCUGAGGAGGGCUGCGCUCGAAGAGCGUGAAGGUGUUACGCUUGAUGUGAGUCGCAAAGGGGACGAAGAGAAUAUGGAAGGUAAGGAAACAGAACGGCCAAUUAUUAUUUGAUAAGUUGGACACCUGGACUACGUUCUUAAAUGCUUUCGGACCACGCUUCAGAUACCUUUUGCUUAUUACUGACGAAACAAGGUAUGGAGGGGAGUCUGACCAAAAAUGCUGUGCCUAUUCAAUUGACUUGUUUCACGUGACGUCUU